AUGGACCGCUUCGAGCCGUACAAGAAGAAGAGGGUAGGGUGGGUGCUCGUGGCCUCGUACGUCUUCGAUUGGGUCGUCCUGAUCGCCGCCGCCGCCGUAGGCUACGUGCUCGGCGACAUCACGCCCAACAAGCGGCCCUUCCAGCUCGAGGACCCCGAUAUUUCCUUCCCCUUCACCGAGAAGGAGACGGUGCCCACGUGGCUGCUGGUCACUCUCGCCGUCAUCGUUCCCAUCGUCGUCGUCUUCAUCAUCGCCCUCUGCUUCGUCCCGGGCUCGACCGUGCCCGCGGGGACGCCCAAGUCGCUGAUCUGGAAGCGCAAGCUCUGGGAGCUGCACGCGGGCUGGCUCGGCCUCGCGCUCUCCGUCGUCGCGGCCUGGUUCAUCACGAGCGGCAUGAAGAACCUCUUCGGCAAGCCGCGGCCGGACAUGCUCGCGCGCUGCCAGCCCGACCUCGCCAACGUCGCGCGCUACGUCGUCGGCGGCAUCGCCAACACCACCUCCAACGGCCAGCUCGUCAGCGCCGACAUCUGCACCAGCACCGACAAGUCCAAGCUCGACGACGGCUUCCGCAGCUACCCCUCGGGCCACAGCUCCUCCAGCGCCGCGGGGCUCAUCUACCUGUCCCUCUUCAUCGCCUCCAAGUUCGCCAUCACCAUCCCCUUCCUGGCCCCGGCCUCGUACGCCAACGCCUCCUCCUUCUCCGCCUUCCCCUCCCGGCUCGCCGCCCCCGGCGCCAUCGCCGACCAGAACAGCUACGAGCUCGCCGACCGCGGCGCCUCGCGCCACAACAACAACAACGAGUCCCUCUCCCUGCCCUCCGACCCCUCGGCCCAAAAGCGCCUGGCCAGCCACUCGCGCACCGUCGCCGCCGCCCGCCGCCAGGCCGCCGCCCCGCCGCUCUACCUGCUCGUCAUCUGCGUCGUGCCCUGGUUCCUGAGCAUCUUCAUCGCCAGCUCGCGCUGGUUCGACUUUCGGCACCACGGCUUCGACAUCCUCUUCGGCUUCCUCAUCGGCACCGUCACCGCCUUCUUCGCCUUCCGCUACUACCACCUGCCCAUCAGCCAGGGCGCCGGCUGGGCCUGGGCGCCCCGCAGCAACGACAAGGCCCUCUGGGCCGGCGUCGGGUCCUACAGCUACGCCACCGACCGCGGCGCCUGGGAGGAGCAGCAGCCCGAGCUCUUUGGGCUGCGGCACGACGGCGGUGGUGCGUCUGCGCACUACGGCGGCGGUGGGGGGUACUACGGCGGCCGGGCGGGCGACGAGGAGGAGGCGCUGGGCGGUGGUGCUACGGAGUACACGGGCGCGGCCGGGGUCACGGGCCGGAGCGGCGGGCCCGAGGACGGCCAGUACCGGCGGAAGCAGAGCCCGUCCAAGGACUCUUCUCUCGGAGGAGGCCGGCAGGAGGUCGAGAUGGGCCGCGUGCAGGACGUGCAGAACGCUGCUGUAAUCGGGAGUGCCCGGUGA